UGCACCACUCAUCAAAACUCUGCGGCAUGCAGACAAGAGCUGGGGGGAGGGCAGAGAGCAGGUCUGAGCUGAGUGUAGGGACCGCCACCUUUAUCCAUCUGUGCUCUUAGUAGAGAGGCUGCACUGCUACUGUGUGCUGCUCUGGGAUUUUUUUUAUCUAUGUGCAAGUUUAAUUCCAUGAGCAGACGCUUUUAAUUUACCUCUGUUCUCCGAGGAGGUAUAGUAGCUAUCUCUCUCUCUCUCUCUCUCUCUCUCUCUCUCUCUCUCUCUCUCUCUCUCUCGCUCGCUCUAUUCGAGCCGGCGCUUCUCUUUUGAGUGUGGGUGUGAGAGAGUGCGUGGAAGAGUGUGCAUCAGAUCAGGACUGCGGAGCUCCCCACUUUUUAUGACAAAAUGGCAAAGGACGGAGAAAAGAGCGGGUGGAAGGAGUAUAUAUGGAACCCCAGGACCAGGGAGUUUCUGGGCAGGACGGCGAGCAGCUGGGGUCUGAUUCUUCUCUUCUAUGUAGUUUUCUACAUUUUCCUGGCCGGCUUGUUUGCGCUCACCAUGUACGUCAUGCUGCAGACCCUGGACGACCACAAACCCACCUGGCAGGACAGGCUCUCCACACCAGGCAUGGUGAUUAGACCCAAAGCAGGUGAGACCUUUGAGAUCACCUACAACAUCCAGAACACUGAGAGCUGGGACAUGUACACUCAGACCCUGGACAAGUUCCUGGCACCCUACAACAGCUCUGACCAGGCCCAGAAAAACGACGAGUGCACCCCGGACCAGUACUUCGAGCAGGAGGACAGCGGCAGUGUGAAGAACAACCCAAAGCGCUCCUGCCAGUUCAACCGCACUAUCCUGGAGGACUGCUCUGGAAUUCAGGACCGUUACUAUGGAUACCAGUCGGGCAAGCCAUGCAUCAUCAUCAAGCUGAAUCGGGUGAUUGGGAUGAAGCCAGGGAAGAAUGGACAGGCUCCGUUUGUCACCUGUGGUGCGAAGAGAUACAGAGUUGGCAAAGAUCAAUGGAGAGAAGACAGUGAGAAGAUUGGAGAGUUGAUGUACUUCCCUCCAAAUGGCACUUUCAACCUUAUGUACUACCCUUACUAUGGCAAGAAAGCUCAGGUGAACUACUCUCAGCCUUUGGUUGCCGUCAAGUUCCUUAACAUUACUGUCAAUGAAGACGUCAACAUCGAGUGCAAGAUCAACGCCAACAACAUUCCCCCCGGAAGCGAAAGAGACAAGUUUGCCGGGAGAGUGUCCUUCAAGCUGAGGAUCAACACUGUCUAGGUUGACCUUUUCCUCCCCUCUCCUGAAAACUACUUUCUUCAUUCUCUGCAACAUUGCAAAUGCACAGAAACAAAUCACAGUAUUCACACCCUUCGUAGAAUAUGUUUACAACCCCUGAAUGUUUUUGGGAAAUAGUCCAGUCACAUUAUGAGGUGAGAUGAGAAGUUAAAAAAACUAAAGGGUGGAAAUCCUGUCAUUAUUUCUGUCCGUGAGCUUUGGGACAAAAUUCUUUCCUGUACAUUAGUUUGAGGUGACAUCUAUUUAUACUGCAUGACAAACUAGGGGAUAUAAAGGAUGUGAACGUGUGUUUUCAAAGUUUGCGAGGAUCAGCAACAUUACCAUGUUAUUGCUGCUCCCCUCCGGUUGCCUCCUUAUAGAGUAUCUCUCUAUAUAUGAAUAUACACAACUUACAAUACAAAAUGUGUAUAUCUACAGUAUUUAUACGGUAUCACGACCUUAUAUCAGUACAUUGAUUUUGUUGCACUUCAAAGAAUAUUCCAACAGACUUGUGUAUAUCUCGACGGGGUGGAUGCAGAGAUGAAGCCAUUUGCAUGUGUGUAUACGUCUUCAGUGUGCUUUGAGGGCAGGAGGCCCCCAUGUCCCACCUCUCUGCUAAGUGUGAAAUAAGGUUAUGUCGAACCACUGACCACCAGGAGGGACCGCACUGUGAUCUUCUAAACCUCGCGCACGGCAAGUGUGGAAUCUUAAAAGAAAAAAGAAAAGAAACGGGAGUUACAGUAGAGGUCAGAGUGUGUGUGUGUGUGUGUUUGUGUGUGUGCGUGUGCGCGUGUGCGUGUGUGUGCUCCAUUUACAAUUCUCAUCUCACACAGUAGGUCGGGAAAUUGCAUGCAAUGUGCAAUAUUCAUUAAGUGGCAAACAUUAGGAAUGCUUGAGUCCGUUCCUAAGAUGACAGGACAUCUAUCAAGUGAUGAUUCCUUUUUUGGAUCAUUUCAUAUUCACACUGGUUGUUUGACUUGAGAGCAGUUUACAGAACACAUGUUGGUAUUUAGGUUGCUGGUGAAGGUCGUAUCGAUAGUACUUAUACCUAACGAUGGGAAGCGGCACGUCAGUCACGUCGUCAUCAACGUGACCCGAAACUUCCAGUGAGUUAGUGGUUAAACAAAACUUUAGCUCCGACACUCCCAGACUACAGUUAUCACUCCUUUAAACGGUCUCAUCAUCAACACGUGAAAACAGCUUCAAUCUUCCUCCUGCUGCAAAUGUAACGUUACGCUCCCUGGCACUGUCACAAUUUCUUCAUUAAGGUAAAUCAGGAUCCAUUUCUUGUGUCUCAUUUUUGUAUUUAAACAUGAAUAUUUAGAGUUUCAUCUGUGUGCUUUGCAUCUAUUUCAUACUAUUCAAGUAUCAGAAAUAGAUGCCGUUGUGAUAUUUUUGUAUUGAUUUGCACUGGAAGUGUUUGUUCCCUUUGUUUUAUUCAUGUCCCAUUUUCAUCCUUGAAAAUAUUCAUCCAGGAUAUCAAAAUGCAUAGUUUACAUCUCCCUUUAAAAGUGACUACUAGAGUCUUGAUUAUGUGACUUGUUAGUGGAUCAGAGUUUUGUUCUUUAGGCCUGGAAAAUAAUUAUUUUUAUUCCACUAAGAUUUUGUUGUUGUUGUAUUUUCCAAUAUUGAAACCAUGAAUCAGGCUUAAGGCAGAGCCAUUACGAUAAGAAGAUAACCAACCUCUUUAAAAUACAUGAAUUAAGUCCGGUGCUGUUUUGUUAAGGUGUAUUCAAAUAUUGGCAAUAGAAAUCUGUGGAGUCACACCUUUAAACAUUCACGUGCACAGCAACAAAAUUACACCAGUGUGACUGUGAUCACGGAUCACAAGCAUCUGUUCACUCACAGUAGAAGAAAGAAAGAACGAACGAAUGAACGAAAGAACGAAAGAACGAAAGAACGAAAGAAUGAAAGAACGAUGGAACAAAAGAACGAAAAAGAUCUACAACUGAGGAGUUUUUAGUCGUCUGAGGGUCUCUUUUUUUUUGUGGCUUCACUUCAUGUGUCUCCCCUCCUCAGCAUUCCUGAAACACUUACUUAAUUUCACUGUAAUCUCUUAAUCUGGCCAGCUAAUCCAGAGCAGGCACGCUGAACUUCUUUACCCUACUUUGUCCCUCCCCCUCCUCCUUCUCCUUCACUGUCAGGAUCUUUCAAGAUGGAGAGAGCAAGGUUCAUUUCCCCCUUAAUUUCUGAAAUCAUGCCCCUUUAAAUUACAAAAAAAGCAGGUUACAUGUUUUGCUCCAUCACCCUAUUGGACAUGCUCAUUUUUACUUAUGUGCACGUGAAGAUUUGUUCUUCAACCAAAGACUUUCAUGACAGAUUGAAUUUGAUUUGCUCGGAUGCACUGACACAUCCUCAGCAGCAGAUCUCAGUGAGGAUCUCAUGCAGAGAGACUGGAGGAUCCAGGUGGAGACCCUGUGCAAUUAACUUUUAUCUAAUAAUAAUAAAUCAUAAUCAUAUUAAUAAUAAUAGUAACACUACAUCUACUACUAAUAAUGAUUAUAAUAAUAUUAUGCACAAAAGGAACACGUUACAUGACAAGAUAACAGUGCCUCCUGGUGGACAGACAGUGUUGUUCCCCAGUGUUACAGAAUGUUAUUUCCUGUUUUUUCUGUGAUAAUUUGGAGAUGUCCUCAAAAAGCAAUAUAUUUAUUUCUUGUGUGGCUGUAUGAUGUAUUUAUUGGAAAGGCUGAAACUAAAUCAGUGCAACAUGUAUCAUCAAGGGCAAAGAGGAAAGAGGAAAAAACAUAUAUGUCGCAUUCUGGCAUUAUUGUCAGUUUUGUGUCUAUCACCAUGAUGGAAGAAUAUAAAAAAAACUAUUGUUUUGUUUAUAAAAGAGUAUUUUUACUGCUAUUUUGUUGUAAAGAGGAGAGAAUGUAUUAGUUUGGAUUGUAUCAUGUCAUGGAGCUAUACCUGGUAGGUUUUCAUCAUUUAAUUCAACAAAUGGCAAAAUGUUAACAGCUCGGUUGGAAAAGUUUUUGAUUUAUGUAGAGAAUUCACUGUUUGAGUCCUCUCUACUUUGUUAAAGUGAGUGUGCAGUGAAAGCUCUCUGAGGUCUGCUGUAUCAGAGUGAAGACAGAUUUGUUCAAGGUUAAUCAGGGAGGUGGUGAAUAAUGUGCAGCGCUUUCAGAGAAAUUUCAGGUGUUGAAAAUCAUCGGAAAGAAAACACAAAAGGGCCCAAAGAAAAUAUCAGAGAGAGAAAUUCAUGUUUUAAUUAAGAAAUGAUAUCACAAAACCCCAUUAACCCCCCCUCUCUAAUCACCUCAUCUUACAUCAUAUCAUUGCCUAAGACUGUGGUGUUCAAGAAAGGAAUACUCUCGCCCGAAAAAGGAUGAUAAUUCUAUUCUGGAUUCUUUAUUUUUUGCUCUUAUUGUAUGUAUAUUUUUGCUCAUGUUUACUGCAAACCAAGAUAGAGAAAUAAAUAAAUGUCAUUUAAGGGAACUCAAAAGUUAA